GGCUAAGCGGAGUGUGAGCUGCGGCUCAGAUACAGGCGCCCGGAGUUUGGACUACGAGCGGCACCAAACUGCAGCUCUCCGGUGCUUCCUUCCUGCUGCACCUCAACGGUUUACCAGAAACUUUGAGCUUCCUCUCACAGAAGUAAGCUAAUGGACUAUUAAAGGAAACUUUCUGCAAACCUUCAACUACAGCUUUAAAUUUAAAGCUAGUCGGAAGCGCAGCUCCUCUCACAUCUCCCACAGCCUCAGCAACAGCCGCCGUCAUGGGGAAGCAGAACAGCAAGCUGCGUCCCGACGUCAUGCAGGACCUGAUGGACAACACGGACUUCACGGAGCACGAGAUCACCGAGUGGUACAAGGGUUUCCUGCGAGACUGCCCCAGCGGCGCCCUCUCCAUGGAGGAGUUCAAGAAGAUCUACGCUAACUUCUUCCCGUACGGCGACGCCUCCAAGUUCGCAGAGCACGUCUUUCGCACGUUUGAUGCCAACGGCGACGGGACUAUAGACUUCAGGGAGUUCAUCAUCGCCCUCAGCGUCACCUCACGGGGUCGGCUGGACCAGAAGCUGAAGUGGGCCUUCAGCAUGUAUGACCUGGACGGGAAUGGAUACAUUAGCAGAGCAGAGAUGCUGGAGAUCGUGACGGCCAUUUACAAGAUGGUUUCCUCUGUGAUGAAGAUGCCGGAGGACGAAUCCACACCAGAGAAACGCACAGAUAAGAUCUUCAGGCAGAUGGACACAAAUAAAGACGGUAAACUGUCUCUCGAGGAAUUUGUCGAGGGCGCAAAGAACGACCCUUCCAUUGUGCGACUGCUGCAGUGCGAUCCCAGCAGUGCUGGGCAGUAGAAAACUGGACUCUUCCCACUGAUAAAUCCCUUUUAAUCUUUCCAAUCUGACCUGCCUGAGAUUGUUUUUAACACAACAUGAGCUUUGGAGGCACAUGAACACGCAGACCUGCAGCUGUACAUGACACAAAAAAACGCAAAAAAUGUUCUUUAGACUCGCUCACUGACACACUGUUCAUGUGCCUCUUUUGCCUUGGCAAAGGCUGCUGUCAAAAACAAGUCUCACUCGGGGUACAGAAGGGACUGGAAAGACUGAAAUCCCAUCAGACUUGUUAAAACAGAAGCUGUUCCUGCUCCUACUGAGAGGAAAAGCCGGCAAGGAUAACCCUGUGGUUUGCGCUAUUCAUCGAGCCGAUUCCAAGUUUGCUGUUUUGUUUUCUUUUUCUUUUCAAGAAAAAAAAAAUUCUCAAUUCAAGAGGAGUUCCGCGCGUUUGCGAGUGUACAGAGUAUUUCAUUGUAGCUCCAAGUCAACACUGGAAGAAAUGAAAUGUACGAGUGCAGGACUCUCCCUGUCCACUUGGAUUAUUUAUAAGCAAUAUCUGGGAAUUUUAGUUUUUAUAACCAUUAUAAUGUUUUUUAUAGUUAGUCUGGAAUGAUGUUACAGAAAAAACAGUUUUUCUUUCAAAGGAGGAGAAUGAAAACCAUCCGGUGUUUUGAAAGUGACUUUCUGCCAAGUUCUGUGGACACAUUUUAGAGAUCCCACUAAUACUCAUCUUUGCACAUAGUUUCAAUACAAGUCAGAGUUUUCAACGUUUUAAACUGAGCUGUGAUUCUCUGUGCCCAACUAUGGAUUAACCAUUGACUGUAUUUGAGAAUGGGACUGAGUGACUCCGCCCCAGUCGCGUUCCGAAAGGGAAGUACCUGCUGGAUCCAAGAAGUCUAAAUCUCAUAGACCUCUAUUGAUAAACAAACAGCUAU